AUGAUUGAUAAGAAUGUGUUUGAGCAAAUCAAUGAUAAAGUAGACCUUAUUCUAGCCAGUUCUUCGCCGAGAAGAUACGAGAUCUUACACGAUGUGAUGGGCUUCCGAGACUUCAAGGUAAUGAAACCCUCGUUUGAAGAGAAUCUAGAUAAGGCACUUUACAAAGAUGAUCCCAUUAAAUACGUACGCGACACUUCACGCUAUAAAGCGCAGGGAAUAGUACAAGAUCUGAAAGUCCAGCUCCAAGGCAGCAACAAGGACAAGCUAGUGAUAUGCGCAGACACAGUAGUCAUCGAUAAAGAUAAUAUAAUAUAUGAGAAACCAGGAAGAGAAGAUGUUCAAUUGAAGAACCUGCAAAAAUUCUGCUAUCAGAGCGAUGGCAAUCCAUUGCGGGUCGCCACUGCGGUCACUCUCGUCCGUUGGACGAAUUGCAACCAUUACAAACUACUAGAAACAUUCCACGAAAUUACAGAAGUGUAUUGCGACAGCCAAAUCCCAUUAUCUCUACUCAAACACUACGUCGCAAGCGGUGAUGGCCUCGCAGUCGCAGGAGGUUUCAAAAUUCAGGGAAUAAGCGGAAUAAUAAUCAAACGUAUCAACGGUGACUACUACAACGUCGUUGGAUUGCCGUUAAACCAUCUAUUCCAAGCCAUUUAUCAAGAAUGCUGUUCUUAA